AUGUCUAAGGGCGACUCAUCCGACUCUGGCGCUCCGGCCCCUCUUGACAUGGCCGCUGUUAAACAGGCACUGUCCUCAUCCUCCACUGCUGUUCGAAUCACUCAGUUGCGCACAAUUGAAGACAAAUUGGCCCAGAAAUCCCUUGACAGCGCCUCAAUUACACGUCUCCUCCCGCUCCUUUUCGGAACGUAUGCCUUUUACGCAGAUAGGCAGUCCAGGCUGUCGGUGCAGAAGUGCCUGAUUGCGCUUAUUUCCUCUGGUGCCGACUCCAAGACAAUCGCCCCGCUCAUUACUGCCUUGCGCAGGGAAAGCCAGAAACCUGGCAUUGCUCCUACCAAUGCAUUCGUUCUCGUCGAAUGGUGCAGUUUGUUUAUGCAGCAUCUCGAUGCCUCGCAGUGGGAACAAUUUGCUACCGAUAUCGUCCUAGCAGACGCAGAUGCUCUGGAAAAGUGCCACCAGCCCGUUUCCAGGAAGUCAGUCACUCACUCCGCCAUCAUUGUUACAAGGAGGGGUUUGCGGAAACUCUUCUCCUCGAAUGAACUGAGCGAAAAGCGACUUUCUGCUUCUGUUGAUGUCCUGACUGCGAAGGGGGCUCAGUCGAUCUCUAGGAAUGCUGUCUUACUCGGGGUCAUCGCUGGCGUAUCCGCUAGGAAGGAUCACUUGCGACCUGUUCUCGAUUCCCUCAAACCUAGAUAUUACGAUUUCUUCACGAGAGAGAUCAUGGGCUCUCGAACUAGUGUUCCAGAGCAUCUAGUGCUUGGACUCGGUGAUUUCUUCGCUUCGUUUGCCACACUUGAAGAAAUAUCUAAAGAGCUGAUCCCUGCUCUCGAGAAGGGCCUUCUGCGCGCCCCUGAGGUCAUUCUUGGUGGAGUUGUGACGCCUCUUGUUCGUUGCCUCCCUGAGAAUUUUGAUCUUUCCAAGAUCCUGGAGCAGAAUCUGCUCAAGCCCCUUUUGUCAAAUGCAAAAUCUACCAAUGCAACUAUUCGUGCUGGCUCCUUAGACGCGUUCAGCGCCCUGGUCAACAAGUCUGGCGAUACUGCGUCAUUGGAAAAAGUCAUCAACGAGAUUGCGACGCCCCUGAAAUCCGGCAAACUUGCAUCUCCCGACCACCGUGUGCUGCAUGCGCAAAUGCUUCAGGCCGCGCCUCUUUCAAAAGCAAGUGCCGAGCAAGUCGCAAUCGCAGUUGCAGUCAUCGCUGCCAAAGAAGGUAAUGAGGGUGCUUUAGCUGCGGAGACUUUAGCCUUAGCAAAAGCGGUUUCUUUCUUAUUGACCAACGAUGCCGAGGUUCCCAAAAGUGUGCUGGAAUCCGUUACUAAGGGCCUUACUGAAAAGAAAAUUCCUUUUCGGAAGUACUGGUUGCUCCGUGUCGGCGGUAUCUUGCAAACCCUCAAUGAAGCGCAAUCAGUGUCUUCAGCAAUGGCUGCUUUUGUGGACGCAGUGAUACCGAAACUCAUUAUCACUUUUACAGAGGUGACCUCCAAUGCAGCUAGUGCUGCUCAGAACGGCCUCAUUGUUGGUGCCUACAUUCUGACGGCUGUAAGCACACAUAUCAAUCGCGUGCUUCCUGGUUCUGCGGCCGAUUCAAGCUUGGCAAAAGCAUCGGUUACCAAGCAAUCGCUAUCCUUGGAUCCCAAGUCAUCCUUCCUCCUCAGCCCUCGAAUCUACUCUAAGAUCACAGCCGACGAGGAUCUUAAGUGGUUUUCACGGGCUUUGAACUCUAUCUUUCCAGGCCUUGACAAGGGGGCUGAUAAUCAGGUUGCCCUCGCUUGGUCAGAAGCAAUCAUUCACCUAGUUGCCGCUCAGAGCGUGCCGGCAACUGUUCAGCAGGAGACCUCCAAGACCCUUUCCAGUCUGUACGUUCGUAGUCCAAAACUGGUAUCAGGUUUCAUUAUCGCCGGCCUUUGGGAUUAUCUGAAGCACUCUGGAUCUCCUGAUAAGGACCCAUCAUCAGGCGCUCAUAACUUGGUCCAGGUUGUGAAGGCUAUCUGUUUGACCCCCAGUGACAUCGAAAAGUCCGGGGAAACCAUCAACACGGAGGAUCUCGAAACACAGGCAAACAAUCUCCUUGUUCUGGCGCGCCCAGAGCUGAUCCCUAGGGCAAGCUGGAUCGAUUUGUGCCUCAGGAUGGAACUAGACCCUGGCAAUCUAGUCAAGAAGUACCAAGAUGAGCUUGUGACAGAAAUAGAGAAUCAAACAUCGUUCUCCCAGAAGGUUUGUAUGACGUCCACGGGGUACAAGAACCUCGCUAACCAAUAUCGACAGGUUGACGCCAUCAAGAAAGCUGCUUACAACGCAGCUGCUGACUUGGCUUUUGUUGCCCCCGAAACCAUUAUUCCACGACUGCUGGAGACCCUCAGCCGCGAUCUCAACGCCGAGCAACUCCACGAUAUUGGCCCUGUCGAAGCGGCCAUUUUUAGAACGCCUGAGGGUACCGUGUUCGUUGACGUGCUUGCAAAGAAGUCUCAGCAAGUCUUGGACAAAAAUAAAAAGGACUAUGAUAUUCUCAAAUGGGAGGAAGAACUUAGGGGUCAGCUUGAAAAGAAGAAGGGCCAACAGAAGAAGCUGACCCCAGAAGAGAACGCAAAAGUCAAUGCUCAACUCAAGAAAGAGAGCCUGAUCAGGCAAUCUAUCACUGAGAUUGAGGCAAGACUUUUGCGGGGCAUUGGCAUUAUCCGAAGCCUUGCCACUGGUCCACCAACAGAUGCUGCCCAAUGGCUUGGUACUGCAGUUUCACUCUUGAUCGGCAUUAUGGACGCCGGUGCUACGAUGAUCACUGGUGAUGCAGCUCCAUUGGCCUACAUAACUUGCGCAGAGAAAGUUACAGAUCGCUUGGGCUCGAUGAGGCCUUUCCUUGGCGUCGCGGCCCUCAGGCUGCGCGGCGUGUCGCUGGCAGAAAACUUUCAAGAGGAAGCUGUUGAAGAUUUGGUAACAAGGGUUUUGUACCGUUUACGGUUUGCUGGCGAGCAGCGACCUUUCGACUCUGUGUCACUCAUCUACGCGUUGCCUCUCGUGCUGGAGCUUCUCCGUAAAGGUGGAGUUGGUGAUUCGCCCGAUGAUGCAGAUGCUCAGCUAGUAUUGGCCAUCGAGUUCCUCUCAUACCAUACAGACGUCUGUAGUGAUGAGGCUGUUCCUCGUGCCGAGCUUCUUUCAGCUCUUAUCACUUCUAUGCAGGCAUAUGCUCAGCAUUACAAGCUCCUAAGGGACUGUUUUGCUGAUAUGUGCCGCUGCAUCGCACCAAACAUGGACCGCGAUGAGAUGGCUAUUCUUGCAAGGGGUGCGCUGGUGCCUGAAACGCGUGUCAGAUCAACUGUGCUGCAAUCUAUCAGCGCUGAAGUUGACAUGAGCGAGCUUGGCUACUCCAAUGAAAUCUGGAUCGCUGCUCAUGACGAUGAGGAAGAAAACCAGGACCUCGGUCGAGAGAUAUGGGAGGAGAGUGGCUUCGAAGUGACGCCGGAAGUACCGCUCAAAAUGUUACCUUUCCUCGAGAGCAAAGAUGGGCAGUUGCGCCGUGCCGCUGCUCGCUCCUUGGCUGAAGCAGCUAGCUUACAUGAUGAGUCUUUACCUGCGGUGCUUGACCAGCUCAAGGCCACUUAUGUCGAGCUUGCUAAGCCCCGAGUUCAGCAGCUCGAUGAGUUUGGCAUGCCCAAAAAGAUGGAUCUGUCCGAUCCUUGGGAAGGAAGGCAAGGUGUCGCUACAGCUUUCAAAGAGAUUGCUCCAGUUUUCAAGGUUGAUCAGCUGGAUCCUUUCUUUGACUUUCUCAUCGAUGCCGGUCCUCUUGGAGAUAAAAACGAUGUAGUGAGAGGUGAGAUGCUGGAUGCUUCGAUCACGACCAUCGAAAUUCACGGCAAGGGCAUCCUUGAUGAGCUCAUGUCAAAAUUUGAACAGACAUUGGAACAACCAGACAAAAACAGCGACGCUGCUGACCGUGUCAACGAGGCAGUGAUCAUUAUGUACGGUGCCUUGGCUCGCCAUUUGAGCCCUGGUGAUCCCAAGAUACCUAUCGUUAUCGACCGCCUCGUGGCAACUCUAAGUACGCCCUCGGAGACGGUACAAUAUGCCAUUGCUGAAUGUCUGCCUCCGCUGAUCCGGGCCUGCCCUGACCAGUCUUCCAAAUACUUUGGUCAAAUCAUGGAGCAGCUCCUCACUUCUAAAAAGUAUGCUGUUCAGCGAGGUUCGGCAUAUGGUCUGGCUGGCCUUGUAAUGGGCAGAGGCAUCGCCGCACUAAGAGAGUACCGAGUUCUGUCAACUCUCACUGAUGCAAUGGAAAACAAAAAGGAGGCAAAUCAGCGCGAGGCCGCUUUGCUAGCAUACGAACUUCUCUCAACUAUGCUUGGACGCGUCUUUGAACCCUACGUGAUCCAGAUUGUGCCCCAGCUGCUGACGGGCUUCGGUGAUGCUAACGCAAACGUUCGUGAGGCUUGUCUGGCAGCGGCUAAGUCGUGCUUUGCGAAGCUAAGCUCUUACGGUGUGAAGAGAAUCAUGCCAACUCUGCUUGAUGGUCUUGAAGAGCAACAGUGGAGGAGCAAGAAGGGUGCUUGUGACCUUCUUGGUGCAAUGGCAUACCUCGAUCCGCAGCAGCUCGCCAACAGUCUGCCAGACAUCAUCCCCCCUCUGACGGGCGUGUUAAACGACAGCCACAAGGAAGUACGGGCCGCCGCAAACCGAAGCUUGAAGAGGUUUGGUGAAGUCAUCAACAAUCCAGAAAUUAAAUCGUUGGUCGACAUUAUUCUGAAGGCUCUGAGUGACCCUACAAAAUAUACAGAUGAAGCCCUGGACUCGCUCAUCAAGGUCCAGUUUGUUCAUUACCUCGAUGCUCCAUCUUUAGCAUUGGUCACUCGCAUUCUGCAGCGUGGUUUGGGCGAUCGUUCCAAUACCAAACGCAAGGCAGCUCAGGUCAUUGGUAGCUUGGCUCAUCUGACCGAAAAGAAGGACGUGGUCAUGCAUUUGCCUGUACUUGUGGCUGGUCUGAAGAUUGCCAUUGUCGACCCUGUGCCUACCACUCGAGCGACGGCUUCCAGAGCGUUGGGUUCUUUGGUCGAGAAGCUUGGAGAAGACACACUUCCCGAUCUUAUUCCUGGCCUGAUGCAGACCCUCAAAUCAGAUACUGGUGCUGGUGAUCGAUUGGGAUCCGCUCAGGCUCUCAGCGAGGUGCUUGCUGGGUUGGGAACGACAAGGCUGGAGGAGACUCUUCCCACCAUUCUUCAAAAUGUCGAAUCCUCAAAGCCCGCCGUUCGCGAGGGCUUUAUGUCACUUUUUAUUUUCCUUCCAGUCUGUUUUGGCAACAGCUUCUCCAAUUACUUGGGUCGCAUUGUACCGCCCAUUCUGGCUGGUCUUGCCGAUGAUGUCGAGUCGAUUCGUGAAACCGCACUGCGUGCAGGCCGUCUGCUGGUCAAGAAUUUUGCUGCUCGUGCAGUCGAUCUCCUCCUUCCAGAACUUGAACGCGGCCUUGCAGACGACAGCUACAGAAUCCGACUUAGCUCUGUCGAACUUGUAGGGGAUCUGCUCUUCAACCUUACCGGUAUCAAGGCUGGAACCGAGGCUGAGGACAUUGAGGAGGACGAGAACAUCAAAGAAGCAGGCGCCUCUUUGAAGGAAACCCUCGGAGAGGAGAAGCGGAAUAAGAUACUUUCUGCACUCUACGUGUGCCGCUGCGAUACAGCUGGGGCCGUUCGCUCAGCCGCUAUUGCUGUUUGGAAGGUUCUUGUUCACAGCCCGAGAACCCUGAAGGAGCUUGUGCCAACCCUCACACAACUUCUUAUCCGUCGCUUGGGAAGUUCCAAUAUGGAACACAAGGUCAUUGCCAGCAAUGCCCUAGGAGAACUUAUCCGAAAGGCUGGGGACAGUGUUCUCUCCAGUCUUCUUCCUACUUUGGAAGAGGGCCUCCAGACAUCUACAGACGUUGACGCUAAGCAGGGUAUUUGCUUUGCCUUGAGGGAGCUUAUCUCUUCAGCGUCACCGGAGGCUCUUGAGGAUCACGAAAAGACCCUGAUUUCCGUCGUUCGUACCGCACUGACGGACUCUGAUGAGGAUGUCCGAGAAGCCGCUGCUGAAGCAUUUGAUUCGCUCCAGCAAAUCUUUGGCAAGCGAGCAGUUGAUCAAGUUCUUCCUUUCCUUCUCAACCUCUUGCGGUCCGAGAGUGACGCAGACAAUGCUCUGCAGGCACUCCUCACCCUGCUUACUGAGACGACGCGCUCGAAUAUUAUCCUGCCAAACCUCAUCCCAACUCUCACGACACCACCCAUAUCAGCCUUCGAUGCCAAGGCUCUUGCAUCUCUGUCCAAGGUUGCUGGUCCUGCGAUGAAUCGUCGCCUCCCUAACAUUAUCAAUUCGCUCAUGGACAAUGAGAUAAAUUGUGACGACGAUGGCCUUCGGGCGGAGCUGGCGACAUCCUUCGACACCGUCAUUCAGUCAAUUGACGAAUACGAUGGUCUUAAUACGGUCAUGAACGUUCUGCUUCAACUUCUCAAACACGAGGACCACCGACGCCGAGCGGCUACUGCUCACCACCUGGGCAACUUUUUUGCCGCUGCCAGCGUGGAUUAUUCCAGAUACAACCAGGAUAUCAUUCGUUCAUUGCUUAACUCCUUUGACGACAGAGAUGCCGAUGUCGUCAAGGCUGCGUGGGUGGCUCUCAGCGCAUUCACAAAGAAGCUGCGAAAAGAGGAGAUGGAGUCGCUCGUCAUUUCCACUCGGCAAACUCUUCAGCGAAUCGGUGUCGCAGGAGCAAACCUGCGUGGGUUCGAGCUACCCAAGGGCAUCAAUGCCAUUCUACCAAUCUUCCUGCAAGGUUUGAUGAAUGGCACUGCAGACCAAAGAGUUCAAGCUGCUCUGGGUAUUUCAGACAUCGUUGACAGGACAAGCGAGGCCUCUCUGAAGCCAUUCGUUACCCAGAUUACUGGACCCCUGAUCCGUGUCGUUUCAGAGCGCGCCACUGAAGUCAAGUCAGCGAUCCUUCUAACACUCAAUAAUCUCUUGGAUAAGAUGCCUGCAGCACUGAAACCUUUUCUUCCACAGCUUCAACGUACAUUUGCCAAGUCCCUUGCAGACCCGUCCAGUGAGACUUUGAGAACACGGGCUGCCAAGGCCCUGGGUACUUUGAUCAAGUAUACGCCCCGCAUCGAUCCGUUGAUUGCUGAACUGGUCACUGGUUCGAAGACGGCCGAUCCCGGCGUCAAGACGGCCAUGCUCAAGGCCUUGUAUGAAGUUAUCAGUAAGGCGGGUGCGAAUAUGGGUGAAACAUCACGAGUUUCUGUCUUGUCGCUUAUCGACAUGGACACUGACGAGAGAGAUGAGACUAUGACCAUCACUAAUGCCAAGCUGCUGGGGGCUCUGAUCAAAAAUGUUCCUGAGGAAGCCGCUCAUGGUUUAUUGAAGAACCGCGUGGCGACCUCGCAUUUCACUCAUUCAUCUGUCCUUGCACUGAACUCAGUCCUCGCGGAGUCACCAGACGCGCUGCUUCAAAGCUCCUUAGCUGAUGACUUGCCCGAAUUGCUUUGCCAGGGCGUCACUAACAAGAACGUAUUUAUUGCAGACAAUUGCAUUCUGGCGACUGGAAAGUACCUGCUAUCUGAUUCUCCCAAGACAUUUGAGACUACGAAGGGAAUUUUUGAAGCUCUUGCCUCUGUGAUCCAACCUGGCAACGCAACCGACUCGCGCAGACUUGCACUGGUUGUCGUUCGUACUGUCAGUCGCAACGAUAUGGAGAUGGUCCGACCUCAUAUCGCCCUGUUAGCACAACCCAUAUUUGCCAGUGUUCGCGACCCCGUUAUUCCCGUCAAACUCGCUGCUGAGGCGGCAUUUGUGGAACUGUUCAAUGUGGCUGAUGAAGAGAGCCGCAUUUUCGAUAAAUUCAUGGCUGGUCCAGGAGCAGAUCUACCAGCCAACACCAAGAGGAGCAUGGGAGACUAUUUUAAACGUGUCGCCAUGAGGCUAGGCUCUCAAGCCCGCGAGAGGCGCGAGGCUGAGGGUGGACAGGGGGGAUUGGGACUGUCCAACGAUGAAGCUGAGGAUGAGAAGGAGAUUUGGAGUGUUGGAAAAGUUGAUGUGGGCAGCGAGGCCUUCUCAUAA